AUGGAGGAUAUCCAGAUAGUUCCAGUAAUUGACCUGGACUCUGACGGCGAGAGCAUCAACAGCGGCAAUACUACGACAGGUAGAAACGAAUAUUCAUCGCCAGCAUCCUCUCUAUCACCAUCUUCAUCAUUCAGGCGGGAUGACUUCAUGUCUGACGAGGACUUUGAGGCUUAUAUCAACUGUUUGUCCGGCAAUGAUGGCUCGCCGAGUCCUCCACGACGGACAGCCAGGCGGAGCAGGAUAACCCAGGCACAGCAGGCGCUCCCACCAAGAACUCAAGUUAGCGAGAUUACGUACCAGGGGCGGACAUAUCGUCCCGGGAAAUACGUAGAGCUACACUAUGGUACAUUUCUACGGAUCAAUAGGAUCUUAUCGUCGAUGCAGGAAACUGUCAUAUCCGGACCAAAAUUCGAGCGUCUAGAAACCAUGGGGAGCUUAAUGCCAGACCGACCCAAUGAGCUUUGCUGGAUCGUUGAUCAAGGAGAUUGCCACAGCAGCAGCAGCAGUAAUCUCCAGUACCAACCAUACAAUGGAGAGGUGGAGGUACCGCUCUCUGCCAUCCGUCGCGUGAGAAUCAUCAGAAUGACCAACAAACCCUAUACCCGUACGACAGACCAGUGCAGAGACGAUGAUUUCUUGUUCUGCAGGAUGAAAUUCAUCCGAACAUGGGAGCGAUCAGUAUCAGCGUCUGGACGUAGUGCCGCCGCUCGUAUAGUGGAGGAAACGAUCACCUUUGUUUCACCAGAGCAAUGUCAGCCUGCUUUCUCUGUCUCUACCGCGGUUUUACGGAUGAACUGGCGUGGAGUUGUACCGAGUAGACGGCGAUAUACCUUUGGAGACGGAUUCUGCGGUGCUGGUGGAGUGUCAAGAGGCGCGCAGCAGGCUGGGUUGAGGCUUUCAUGGGCCUUUGACCACUCGCCAUCAGCCAUGAACAGUUAUCGAGCUAACUUCCCUUCCUCCCUGGCUGAGACGAGUGAUGUAGCGGACUUCCUCACCAACAGAUCUUUGGAUAUAAGGAUAGAUGUGUUGCAUCUCUCCCCACCCUGCCAGCCCUUCUCACCUGCAAAGACCAUAGCAGCAGCACACGAUGAUGCCAACGAAGCGUGUCUGUUUAGCGUCCGCCGGCUAAUAGAGAAAUGUAGACCGCGAGUGGUCACAAUGGAGGAGACGAGUGGGCUGAAGGAACGCCAUGAGAUCUGGCUCCAUGCAAUUAUCCACUCCCUGGUUGAGCUCGGCUACAGUGUGAGAUGGCGGCUAGUCAACUGCAAAGACUACGGCGUGCCACAGUCUCGACGCAGGUUGGUGAUUAUAGCUUCCGGCCCCGGCGAAGAACUACCAAAUUUCCCCCUGCCCACUCAUGGAGACGAACCAGGGCAACUACCUCCAGUUACAAUUCUUGAUGCCAUCAGCGGUAUACCCAGCACAGCACCCGACCAUGACCUAGAGCGCGCGGAGCGACCUUUCCAUCGACCGCCGUACAACCCAUGCAGCCUAGCGAAGACGCUGACUUGUUCGGGGGGAGACAACUUCCAUCCAUCGGGGACAAGGACUUUUACUCUGCGCGAGGCAGCCUCACUGCAGACUUUCCCGCUGCACCACACCUUCUGUGGCCCGGGCGUGAUGAAGCAGAUCGGCAACGCAGUGCCUCCUGUCCUCGCGCGGGCUGUCUUUGAGGAGGUCAUCAAAUCGCUUAAAAACACUGACGCUGCCGCAACCGAGUCCGACGAGCCCAUCACUAUUGAUUGA